UCCCCUAAGUUUGGUAUCAUCAUAUAUCACAUCAACAAAUCCUCUCAAAAUUGGAAUUUUUUUAUUUUCUUACCCCCCCCCCAAAAAAAUAAAUUUCCAUCUCAAUAAACUCAAAGGAAAAUUCAGGUAGUGGCCCCACAAGUAGGCACAAAAUUUACAGAAAACGCUCUAAAUGUGGCAAAAAGGGUCAUGCAACAGUGUAGACUUUGCCAUGCAGACUUACCGUUUCUAGUCUUUUCUCUCUCUCUUUCUCCAAUUGGACAAAAGAGUUGUUUUUAAUCUCUUCUCACGCCUCUUUAUCUCCUUCUUUCUCCUCUUUCUCUCUCCAUUUUUAGCAACCCUUUCAAUUUUUUUCUAAGUUUAGAACACAGAGAAAAUUACUAAAAAGGAAGGUUCUUUUUAUUUUUUUCUCUCUCAAAAAAAAAAAAAAACAGGGGAAAAAACAGGGUUUUUUUUUCAUAGAAAGAAGUUGUCUUUAUAUAUAUAAUCCUUCAUUUUUUUUAGGGUUUUUCAUCAAAUUGUUUUCUGGGUUUUUCUGGGUUUUUGUUGAAUUGAAAUGGGUCGUGGUAAGAUUGAGAUUAAGAAGAUUGAAAAUGCAAAUAGCAGACAAGUUACAUUCUCUAAACGUCGUUCUGGGUUGCUUAAAAAAGCUCAUGAACUUUCUGUUCUUUGUGAUGCUGAAGUUGCUGUUAUUAUAUUUUCUAGCACUGGAAGACUCUUUGAGUUCUCAAACUCUAGCAUGAAACGAACACUUGCAAGGUACAAAAAUGCUCUGGAGACUUCUGAUGUAGUAAUUGGGAAACCAAAGCUAGAGAUCGAAGAUUUUAAGGAGAUUGAUAGUCUGAAAGAUGAGAUAGCAAAGCUCCAAGUGAAACAAACGAGGCUGCUGGGUAAAGACUUGUCAGGCUUAAACAUGAAAGAACUACAGCAGCUGGAGAAGCAACUGAAUGAAGCUCUGCUGUCUGUGAAAGCUAAGAAGGACCAAUUGCUGAUGGAACAACUAGAGCAUUCACGCAUACAGAGGGCAUUGCUAGAGAACGAGACUUUGCGGAGACAGAUUGCAGAGCUUAGAGGCUUUAUGACACCAUCUGAACGCCCGGAACCUAUGUAUCUCGAGUACUAUCCCAUAGAAACAAAGGUUUCUUUUGAGAGAAAUGCUACUUCAGGUUCUGAUGCAGUCUGCAACAGUAGUGGACCCGACAAAACAGAUUCGGAUAUUACCUUACACCUAGGGCCACCAUGUGAUACCAUUAGAAAGAGAAAAGCAACUGAGAGUGACUGUGGAAGUCCGCCAGCUUCUCUCUGAUUAUCCUUCUUUUGCCUCAUUGCUAGCUGCUGUUCAAAUUGGCACCAGAAAUAGCAGAUUUUGAUAAUAUCAUAGGCAAAAGGAUAUGUACGGCUGGAUCAUUGAGUACUUGACCUUAUAUACUGAAUAAGUUGUAAAUAUUAGCUAACUAAUUAAGUACUUGCACUAUCGAAUAGCCUACUCCUCUUCAGGCAAUAGCUAUCUGUAAUAGUAUACACAAGGAGCUUUAUCUUAGCCUAUGUGAUUUGGUAGAAUGUUGCUAAAUCUGUUUUCGGCGAACCACAAAAAACCAAGAACACCAGAAUUUUUGUGGAUAGAGGCUAUAGCUGUCACAUUGGGUGUUGGACUUGGGGACAGUCAAUUAGCUGGUUAGUCAUGUAGACCAUCUCUAGUCGAGUUACUUUUCGAUAGCUCUAUUGUGGAAUAAGAUGGUUAAUGUAAAUCCUAUAAUUUGAUAGGUGUGAGACUUGAACCCUUGGGACAUGAACUCUCGAACCAGGAAAUAAGCUCUAAGCCUCCUUAGGCAAUGCUAAAAUGUAUGCUUUCCACCAAGUCCAUCCGAGCUACGCUAGAGUGUACAUUUGCAUUCAUGCAUUCUAUGGGAAAUGUAUUCUGCAAUCCAAAUUACAGCAAGUUAUCUGUACUGAUAUGGAGAAUGAAAACAAUAUGCAAUUAUUUUAACAUGAACCCUCUUUUAUAGACGCAAAUAAGUACAUGCACCCAAGUGUAUGUGGAGCAUAUAUACAUUUUCAUACAAUCUACAGUUCUACACUACAACACACAAUAGAAUUCGAUCUCUACCUAUUGCCUUUUGAGGCAAUCAAUGAACUCCACUCUCUAAUUUAAUACAUAAGAGAACAAGAAAUUGCAUCUUUGCAAUUGAAAUUUACAUUACUAAUCUAUAUACAUAGUAAGAAAAACAUAAACUAUACAAUUCUCUUAAACAUAACAUACUUCUUUAUUCAAAUUUUUAGCUACUAAUUGCCUCUUGGAAGCCUAAGACAAUCAAUUAACUGACUUCUCCUAGACAAUACCUCAGAAAACAAGCAAUUAACCUCUUUGUUCACCAUUUCCAACAAAUUCUCAAGUUCAUCCAACAUCUUCUUCAAUUCCUCUGCUACAAACUCAUAUUUGUAAUUCUUCUUUUCUUCUACUAAACCAGCUUCAAUCUUUUUUACAGCUUCAUUAACUUCAUCAACCUCCUUAACCAACAAUUUCUCACUAAAA